AUGGCAGAUGAUGGUGAAAAUGUUACUGUUAUGACAGUCAAGGAGCCCUUGGAUUUGAUAAGGCUUAGUUUAGAUGAGAGAAUCUAUGUUAAAAUGCGUAAUGAACGUGAAUUACGUGGGAAACUACAUGCUUAUGAUCAACACUUAAACAUGGUAUUGGGGGAUGCAGAGGAAACAAUAACAACAGUUGAAAUCGAUGAAGAAACAUAUGAAGAAGUGUAUAGAACAACAAAAAGGAACAUUCCUAUGUUAUUUGUGAGAGGUGAUGGUGUUAUACUAGUGUCGCCACCUGUAAGAGUUGGUGUAUGA